AAUGUGAAGGGAGGGGGAAGAACCGGCCAGAGACAAAUUGCCCACAACGGCGUACCUAGUCGACUCAUAAAUCCCUGGUCGCGUGUCCUUGCGCCUAUUCACCCUAUUCACCACCAUAUCGAGCAAGCUCCAUGUCAAUCAUCGUCGUCCCCAUGAUUUACUGAGCGCAGCGUCAGCCCUAACAUCAUACUCUGUACAACCACCAGAGUGGACCUGGACAACCCCCUCCCCCUCAUCAAAAUGAACAAUCUCAGGAACCGCUCCCUCUACGAGCUCCUCCACGUCGAUCCCUCCCUGGACAGCGCCCACGUCUACGAAACCUCCUGGCUUCUCCCUCCCCUCCCCUACGCCAUCCUCCGCGGCACCAUCUCCCUCUACAUCUUCACCAGCGUCUUCUUCAUCUGGGGUUGGAGCGGCACCCAUGGCGACCGUGCCGAGAUCGGCCAAAGCUUCAGCUACUUCACCUGGCUCACCUACUGGGGUCUAGGUUUCUACAUGCUCAUCUCCUCCAUCCACACAGCCUGUUACGCACUGACAGGCCGAUCCGUUCUCUUCGACCGCUGGUCUCGAGCCCUUCGCGCCCUCCACUGUCUCUACUACGCCAGCAUCACCUCCUACCCAUUCCUCGUCACUAUCGUCUUCUGGGGCAUCCUCUACUCGGGUCCAUGGUACACCGUGACCUUCUCCGGCUGGCAAAACAUCUCCCAACACGGCCUCAACUCCCUCUACGCCCUAUUGGAAAUCAUCCUUCCCACCACAAACCCCCACCCUCUUCUCUCCCUCGUUGUCCUCAUCUUCAUUCUCCUUCUCUACGUCUCCCUCGCCUACCUCACCUACCACACCGAGGGCUUCUACACUUACUCCUUCCUGGACCCGGGUCCGCACGGUGAGAAGAGCGCACAUGUCGCGGGCUACUGUUUUGCCGUUUUGGCUAUCAUCAUCGUGUUCUUUGUUUUCUCGUGGUGCGGGAUCUGGUUAAGGAGAAGAUUCACUAAUGGGAAGGUGAAGAGGUCGAAGUUUGAUUUGGGUGGGAGGGAGUAUGGGAGGGAUGGGGAGAUGGAGAUGGGGAUGGAGGAGGUGGUGGCGCAUCCGAAGUGAUUUUCGUUGUUGGGUUGGGUUGGGUUGGUGAGAGUAGGGGAGGGAGUGUGAUGAAUGAAGACAUAUCAGAGAGAGAGAGGGAGAGAGAGAGAAGGUAAAUAGGGUGGAUGAGGUGUGUUUGGGGCGGUUAACGAUAUGGUAUGUAUGGUAUGGCAUGGGUUACUAAUGGAUAUGGGGAGGAUAUGUAUAAUACAAU